AUGAUAGAAGACCCCAAUCAGUAUGAAAAGCUACUACAAUCCGCCGGGAAACAGAAAGGUAAGGAUGGCCAGAAAAAAGAAAUGGGCAAAUUUGUGGAUGAAGAAGCGGAAAGAAUUCUGUCUGAUCUGGAGAAUGAAAGCUGGUUCCAUGGUGCUCUACCUUUAGAAGAUAUUGUUGGAUUGAUAACUGAACGCGGUGAUUUUUUACUUAGAUCGCUUGAGCCCGAAGCAGGGCGAGGAGCAAUGGAACCAGCUAAUGUGGAGUGGGAUCUAAUGGGAUCCGAUGGAGCCCAAACAGCUAUUCUGAACGGCGGCCAAGCGCUGUUGACCAGGCCUAUCCCAAAGCAAUCAUGGGAACUAUCAAGGGAUAAAAUCAAAAUGGAAUCGAAACUUGGAGAAGGGACUUUUGGCGAAGUGUGGAAGGGAACGUUGAGGCAUUUUGCAACAGAUAUACAAGUUGCCAUCAAAGUGGUACAUUCUGGUCUUCGAAUUUCGGUUUCUACUCCAGCUUAG